CCCGUGAGUUACACAUUUUAUUCAUCACCAUGUCUACAAACGGCCAGACAAUCAGCAGAGAGACGUGGGACUCCCACAACGCCAUGAUGCUGGAGCCUCUGGCCACCAACGACUCUGAGGUGUUCUCCAUCAUCAAGCAGGAGAAGCACCGGCAGACGUUCGGUCUGGAGCUGAUCGCUUCGGAGAACUUCGCCAGCCGAGCGGUUCUGGAGGCGCUGGGCUCCUGCAUGAACAACAAGUACUCUGAGGGAUACCCGGGACAGAGGUACUACGGCGGGACGGAGCACGUGGACCAGCUGGAGCUGCUGUGCCAGCGGCGCGCCCUGGAGGCGUACGGCCUGGACGCGGCGCGCUGGGGCGUCAACGUGCAGCCGUACUCUGGGUCCCCCGCUAACUUUGCGGUGUACACGGCGGUGGUGGAGCCCCACGGCCGCAUCAUGGGCCUCGACCUCCCUGACGGGGGCCACCUCACCCACGGCUUCAUGACGGACAAGAAGAAGAUCUCCGCCACCUCCAUCUUCUUUGAGUCCAUGCCCUACAAGGUGAACCCAGAGACAGGCUGGGUCGACUAUGACCGCCUCCAGGAGAACGCCCGCCUGUUCCACCCCAAGCUCAUCAUCGCAGGCACCAGCUGCCACUCCCGUAACCUUGACUACGCCCGCCUGAGGGCGAUCGCGGACGAGAACGGCGCCUACCUGAUGGCCGACAUGGCGCACAUCAGCGGGCUGGUGGCGGCCGGCGUGGUGCCCUCGCCCUUCGAGCACGCCGACAUCGUCUCCACGACGACGCACAAGACGCUGAGGGGCUGCCGCGCCGGGGUCAUCUUCUUCAGGAAGGGCGUGCGGAGCGUGGACGCCAAGGGGAAGGAGGUUCAGUACAACCUGGAGGCGCCAAUCAACCAGGCCGUGUUCCCGGGCCUCCAGGGCGGCCCGCACAACCACGCCAUCGCCGGCGUGGCGGUGGCGCUGAAGCAGGCCAUGACCCCGGAGUUCAGGGCCUACCAGCAGCAGGUGCUGGCCAACUGUAAGGCCAUGUCCAGCGCGCUGGUCGAAUACGGCUACAACAUCGUCACAGGCGGCUCGGACAACCACCUGAUCCUGCUGGACCUCCGCAACAAGGGCAGUGACGGAGGCCGGGCGGAGAAGGUUCUGGAGGCCUGUGCCAUCGCCUGCAACAAGAACACCUGUCCAGGCGAUAAGAGCGCCCUGCGUCCCAGCGGGCUGCGCUUCGGCUCCCCGGCGCUCACCUCCAGGGGCCUGGUGGAGGACGACUUCAGGGCGGUGGCGGCGUUCAUCCACAGAGGCCUGGAGCUGACGGUGGAGAUCCAGCGCAGCCUGGACCCCAAGGCUCCUCUGAAGGAGUUCAAGGAGGCGCUGGCGCAGCAGGAGAAGUUCCAGCAGCGCGUGGCGGAGAUCAAGAGCGAGGUGGAGGCCUUCGCUGGACGGUUCCCCAUGCCCGGGCUCCCUGAGCUGUAGAGGACAGCCCCCCCCCCUCUCUGAGCUGUAGAGGACAGCCCCCCCC